AUGUCCCCCGACGAGCCUCUAACAAGAGAGAAAUCCUGGCUGUCAUACACCUGCGAAGGCCGCAAAAAAUGGAAGUCCCUCCGCGCGCUCAACCUCUCCCGGGGCAUGUAUCACGACGUGCGCCGUCGGCUGCCCUACUACUGGAGUGAUAUCGCAGAUGCAUGGACGUACCGUGUUGUUGCGAGUACCAUCCGGAUGUACUUUGUCAAUAUGCUCCCUGCCAUCGCAUACACGCUAGACAUGUACCGCCGCACCGGCGAAUUCUACGGCAUCAAUGAGGCGCUCUUCUCGUCUGCGCUGGCGGCUAUGAUCUUUAGUGUCCUUGGUGCGCAGCCACUCACCAUCGUGGGCAUUACGGGUUUGAUCUCUUUGUUUAACUAUACCAUCUAUGAUAUUGUAACUAUCUAUGAGCCGGCUAUCUACCCGAAUUUCAUGUGCUGGACGGCCAUCUGGGCGGCCAUCUUCCAUUGGAUCGUGGCUGUUUGCAACCUCUGUGAUUAUAUGCGCUACGUGACGGACUUUUCGUCCGAGUCGUUUGGUGCUUAUGUUGGCAUUAUCUAUUGCAUCAAAGGAGUCGAGGAACUAGUGAACGAGUUUACCACGCGCGGCAACACCGCCGGGUUUAUGAGCACUGUGAUUGCCAUCUUGUACUUUCUGACCAUCUACGGCCUGGAACGGCUUGGCUCUAGUACCGUCUGGAAACCGUGGUUCAGGGGUUUACUGGCCGACUACGCAUAUGUGAUCGGGACCAUCUUCUGGGUGGGCUUCUCGCAUAUACCCGGUAGCCUGAAAGCCACCCACGUCUCGUUCGUCCCCAUCACCCGCGCCUUCUACCUUACCCAGCCACGCGGCUGGCUCAUCCAUUUCUGGGAACUCGACGCCAAAUGGGUCUUCGCCGCACUGCCCUUUGGCUUCCUCGUGAUGCUCCUCUUCUACUAUGACCAUAAUGUAAGCAGCCUAACCGCCCAGGCGAGACAAUUCCCCCUCGAGAAACCCGCCGGAUUUCACUGGGACUUCUUCCUCCUGGGCUGCACCACCUUCCUAGCAGGCAUCACCGGCAUUCCCAUGCCAAACGGCCUAGUGCCGCAGGCCCCCGUCCACACCGACUCCCUAACCAUCUACGAAACCUCCCUCCGCACCAUCUCAACCUCCGAAGGCGAGGGUGCCGAAAUCCGCCGCCCAAUCGUAACCGCCACCGCCGUCGUCGAGCAACGCGUCUCCCAUUUCCUCAUGGGCUUACUCAUCAUCGGCACCAUGACGCGCCCGCUGCUGGUCGUUCUGCACACGAUGCCCGCCGCCGUCUUCGCAGGUGUCUUCUUCACCGUCGGCUGGGGCUCCAUCGAAUCAAACGGCAUCCUCCAGAAACUCAUUUUCUUGGUGCGCGAGAACCGCUUCAUCCAGCGCGAUGAGCCGCUGAUGACUGUACGACGCCGCAAGAUCGCGCUGUAUAUCGCCUGCCAGGUGGUGGGCGUUGCCGCGACGGUGGCCAUCUCGCAGACGAUUGCGGCGAUUGGGUUUCCGAUUCUGAUCAUUGCGUUGAUUCCGUUCCGGGUGUGGAUUAUGCCGAGGUGGUUCAGCGCCGAGGAGCUGGAUGUCAUGGAUGAUUUGACGGCGAAUAAUAGUGCGGUGUUGGCCAGUCUGGGGGGUCCGCCGCGGUUUUCGGGACAACCUGAUAAUGAGAGGUUUGGGCUGGAGCGUCGCUAUUCCGAGCAGAGGUUUGGAUCGGCGAGGCAGAGGGCGGGAAGUAUCCAUCGGUAG